UGAACAGUGAAUAUUGUGGCGGCACGACAAGCGGACGUGUCACUGUGCUGUGCUGUAACGCAUCACUAAAAACUUUCUUUACAAUUGUAAAAAAGUAAUACAUUAGCUAAAGAGAUUUCUUACUUUUGUUGAUAAUAUAAAAGUGUUAAAAUGUCGUCGAGUACUGGAUUAGGCAAAGUGGAGUCCCCUAAGCAGCAUGGGGCAAAACCUUUGGACCUAAACGAUGUUGAAAUGGUCUUCGGGACUCCGAAUUCUCCCAGAAGUGAUUUAAAACCAGAUGUGCAUCGGAUAAACGAAAGGACACACGGGAAGGAAACGCUCAACACAAACAACGGUCACGACGCUGAGGCCGUGCACCCCUCGCAGCCACUGCUGGAGCCAGAAAAGGAGCGACCGAAGCCCCCGCUGGCCGGUCCUGAGAUAGACGACUUGGACGAGAAGCCGACAGACGCGAGCUCUAUCCCCGGGAUCGACGACGGUCUCCUCGAGCCCAGCGACAAGAAACACGACGAACCACACGAUGGCAGCGAGGAGAAAAGCGGCGACGGGUCCACACACCCGACACAAGACGACGGCGUCGGCACUGACGAGGGUAAAUGGGUGUGGCCUGCCACCGAUGAGACUGACUAUCCCUACGAUGGUGUGAACGGAUUCGGCAAUAGAUUUGGUAUCGACGACCGGCCCGGCUCACCUUUCCCGCCAGGAUCGAUCCCGGACGUGAACACUUACCAGCAGAAGAAGAACCUGGCGCAGGGUAUGAUGGACCUUGCACUUCUCUCCGCCAAUGCCAACCAGAUGCGCUACGUGCUCGAAUCUUCAACCAAUCACCCCUACUUCUACCCCAGUCUCGUCUUCAUCUCCCUUAGCGUCAUCUUCCAGAUAGCGGUUGGCAUAGGUCUAAUACUGAACAGCCGGUACGACGUCAAAGACGAGAAGGAGAUCUGCAAAGCUGACAAGAUCAACAACAUGACUGUCCUCGGUAUCUUCCUCAUCACCAUUGUGAAUGUGUUCAUCACCUCGUUCAGUGUCGCGACGCCGACGGCUGUGGCUGCGGUGGGCGCGGCUGUGGUGCAGCAGGCCGGCUGAUAACUUCACUGAUAUCUCACGUAAACUGUCUCUCUUCUAUUGUAUUGCUGUCACACUCCUGUUUGAAUAAAACAGCAAUAGCAAAUACUGAACCCGACCACAAUAACAUGAUAGCAAUCUUUCGACUCGUAUAGUGUACAUGAGGCGAGUCAGAUUUGUAUUAUCAAUGCAAUAUUGUAAUAGAAUUAUUUUAAAUACUGUUAGAUUAAUUAAUAAUUAUCAUCAUGCAUGAAUAUGAUUUUGUUUUAGUAAAUUCAUAACAUUCUUUCGUAUAUUCUGUAAGUGGUUUGUGUUAAACAUUGCUCAAAUAUUUACUACAUUGAUUUAUAUAUCAUCAUCACCAGCUCACUAGAAGUCCCCACCGAGGGACUCGGAGCCUACCCCGAGUAAGGGGUGACUAGGUCAUAGUAAACCAUGCUGGCCAAGUGCGAGUUGGUUGACUUCACACAUAUCUUUGAAUUUCUUCGACGAUAUGUGCAGGCAUCACGUUUUCUUUCACCGUAAGAACGUCGGGUAAAUUCUGUACGUAAGAAAAUUAGAAAAAUCGAAAAUCACAUUGGUACACAUCGGGAUUUGAACCCAAGACCUGUAGAUUACAAGUAAAGUGCUUAAACCACUGAGCCACCGACGCUCGAUUUGUAUAUAAUGGACGUAAUUAUCUUAUUGUCAUGAUCAAAAUGUAGAAACUUUUUUAACUUUACUUGCCGUUAAAUAUUAUAUAUUUUCUAAAGACAAUUACUAAAGACGAAAGACAAAUUUGUAAAUUUUGCUUGUGAUUGUUUAAAUUUGGUAAUAUUUCUAUAUUAAAUAAAUUCUCUAGUCUAGAUAUUGUACAUAGUUAAAUUAUUGCAGGCUAGAUGGAUUUAUACCUUUUGUACAGGCUGUAUAAAAGACAGUUAUACCGUUAUUUUAACUUGUUUUAGUUUUAAUUUGCGCUUUUCAAAUGAAUGUUGGAUCAAUAAAUCACGCAUUUACUAAUUAAGAUUAUUGUAAUAGAAUCCAUCUUUAUUAGAUCUGAAUUUUGAUCUUUUUAAUACCACCUGUUUAAGAUUAUAUCGUUUUUAGCACUUAUUUUUGUAAAUGAUUUUUAUUUAAGAUUACACAAUAAAAUAACUUGAACUGA